AUGAACAGCACAAACCAGGCUCUUGUUACUCAGUUUAUCAUUGCAGGAUUUCCGGAUCUCAAUGGAAUGCAAGGCCUUCUCUUUGUGCCGCUUGUCAUCAUCUACAUCUUCACAGUCAGUAGUAACCUUGCAAUAAUCACUAUUAUUUGCACGCAUCAUCAUUUUCAUGUUCCUCUCUAUCUCUUUGUUGCUAUUCUUUCUUUCCUGGAAAUCUGGUACACAACAGUCACCAUUCCUAAAAUGCUCGCUGGUUUGUUAAAUCAGAAAACCAUCUCCUAUGUUGCCUGCAUUUUACAGGUCUAUUUCCUGCAUGUUUUUGGUAUCACUGAGACCUAUCUUCUCACAGCAAUGGCCUACGACCGUUAUAUGGCCAUAUGCAAUCCCUUGAGAUAUGCAUCCAUAAUGACAGCUUCAUGCUGUUUCCAGCUAAUCGGAUGCUGCUGGGUUCUAGGUUUCUUUGGUCCUUUGACACAGAUCCUCUUGCUUUCCCAGCUUUCCUUCUGUGGUUCUAACAAGAUAGAGCAUAUCUUCUGUGACUUCACUCCGCUGAUGAACUUGUCCUGUUCUGACCCCUCACUGAAUGUCAAUGUGGACUUUACCAUGAACUCAUUUCUUCUGUUUUUUGCCUUUUUCUGCAUCAUCUUGUCUUAUAUUAGGAUUAUUUCAGCAGUAUUAAAAAUAAACUCAACCGAAGGGCGACAAAAGGCAUUUUCUACUUGUAGUGCUCAUCUCACUGUUGUUAUGUUAUUCUUUGGCAGUGUGGCUUUUGUAUAUAUUAGGCUCACCAAACAUUAUCCUGCUAAUUACUAUCAAGUUAUGGCUGUUGUGUAUUCGGUGUUGACACCAAUGUGUAAUCCAAUUAUAUACAGCCUCCGAAACAGAGAGAUCCGAGAACUGCUCAGCAAAAAACUAACAAAGUCCCUCUGUAACAAAAUAUGA